AUGGAGUCAGACAUAAAAGUCAAUGAGCAUUUUAAAAGUCAGUUCAAGGCUUAUCAAGAACAACAGCAAAGACGGCUGCAAAAUCUAAUGGAGAGGAAGAAGGAAAACCAGCACAGUCAGAAGGGUGAUGAUGGCAAUGCACAGGAAACUUUCAGAGUCCCACAUGAUCUAAACCUGUUUGAAAUAGGACAACCUGUAAAUGAAGAUGACAGCAAAAGGUUGCUUGAGAUUGAGAACGAGCAGCUCCAGGAUCAGCUUCGAGAGGUCCGAGAUGAGAACUGCAGACUGUACAAACUGGUGACAGAGAAAGAUUUUGAAAUACAGCAACUCCAGAAAAAAAUACAGGAGGACAGAUUGGCUUUGCUGGGGGCAUCUGCUUUAGCUGGAGAUGUUGCAGCUACUAAAAUAGUUGAAUUGGCCAAAAAGAAUCGUGAGAUAACUGCCGAGACUGAGAGUGAAAAAGCCAAAGUGAAGCAGCUGAAUAACAAAGUCAAAGAGCUGGAGAGAGAACUACAGACAGCCAUAGAAAAACUACAUUCUCUUGGUGGUGGUGAUGCAAAAAUCAAGCAAUCAACUCUGAAGAUGAUAGAAGGAAACUUGGCUGAAAGUCCAAAGGUGAAAGCAUUGCAAGAAAAAUUAACCACAGCCAACUUUAAAGUGAUGGAGUAUCGUAACCAACUCCAAUCCACGAAACAGGAGCUGAAGAUGACCCAAAAGCUUUUGGCAAAUGAAGUUGGUGAAGAUGUGAAUAUUCAAAGUCUCUUGACCAAUUCUGGCAGCUGGCGUGGACGAGCGCAGCAAAUUCUUGUUCUCCAAAGCAAAGUUCGAGAGCUGGAGAAUCAAUUGGGUCAAAACAAGACCAGAACAUCACUGAGUGAGAUUGAUGAGGAAUUGCUGGCACUUACUGAUCCAAGGAAGCUGUCAGCCCAAGAGAAGAACUUGUUGAAGAUUCGCAGCUUGGAAAAAGAAAAGAAAGAAACCUUGGAGAAACUCACUGGGGAACAUGAUGCUCUCCAAAAAAGUCAUGAGGAAGUGAAAAAAAAACUCGACGCAUCAAAAGCCAGGAACAAAGUACUGUGCAGUGAAGUGAAAACCCUGAAGGAACAGAUCGUAACCUUGCUGGAGAAAGGAAAACACGACGAUGAGCUCAUAGAUGCCUUACUGAGCCAACAGAAGCAAAUGCAGGAGAUCUUAAAGCACCUGAGCCAGCAGGAUGAGAAGAACAAGGAGUCCCAGCAGAUGCUAGGGCAGCAUUUGAACAGUGAGGUUCAGAAACAAAACUGCCUUAUAGAGCAGCUCAGACAGAUGGUGGCUGAACGAGAAGCAAAGGUUAAAGAGCUGGAAGAGGAGAUUGGGCAACUCACACUUCAGAAGAAAUCCGCCCAUCAAGGGGACGGUUCAGGAGCUGCUGCUACACCACCCUCUGAGCACUCAGAAGAUCCAGGUUUUACUCUGCUUAAGCCUCUGGCAUCAGGCAGCAAUCAGGUUGGAAGGAUUGGAUCUGCUCGCACAGUGUCCAAGAUGGGCCAUACACUUGUAGAGUCAGCAGCUACUAAGCCUUUCCUUCUCAGUAAUAACAUCCCACCUGGAAGGCUUGCUGGCACUGACAGCCCGGAUUUGAAAGUGCUGCAGACACAGAUCACAGAGCACAAGGCUCUCUGCCAGGCUGCUGAAGUGGAAAGAGACAGGCUCCUGGAACUGGUCACUGUGCUGCAGAAAAGGGUGGAGGAAGGCAGCAAUAAAGUCUUGGAAGCUGAGAAGAGGCUUCAGGAAGAACGGCGGCGAUGUGUCAUUUUGGAACAGCAGCUUGAAAAACUGCAAAUGGAUCCAGGGAGGAGCACAAGUGCACAGAAACGUCCCCUCAGGAGCAAAACAGGCCAGUCUGCGAGUCACUCAAGACUCACCAAUGUGAGCGAUCGGAAGGAGCUCUCUGCAGCCCAGCUCUCCAAGUUGCCUCUAGAAUCGCAGAUAGAGGAGCUGAGCACAAGGCUUGUGAUCCAGCUGGAUGAGAACGAAGCUCUGAAAGCCGCUUUGGAGACUACUGUGAGAAAGAAAGAGGAAGACUUUAAACUGUAUCAGGACACAAUGGACCAAGUGAAGGAUAUCUUUUUACAGGCCAUUCGACAGCAGAAACAAGAGAUGAGUUAA